CUCUGUGUGUAUAGACAGACCCCUAGUGUCAUGCAAAGCUCGCUUCGCAUGUAGCAUUCUUGUCUUCCGAAGCUUCUCUCUUCAGGUACUUCGAUCAGAAGGGCGCUCCUGUAGGCUGUAGCUUGAGCUCCUUCUAAAAGCACCAUUAUAAGGCUACGAUAUUUUGCAUGUCUGGAGGACGGCCGGUAAGACCGGUCACAAGAAGAAGUUUGCGGAGCGACGGCAGUCUUUUGUCAGCACGACAGUAGAAAAGACCAAGCGACCAGAGGUUUCAGCCACCUUCCCUCCUCGUCUUUGGGACACGCAGCAUAAGACAGAAGUGGACUCGAUAAUCUGCACCACUUGUCACCAAUGAUCUGCACCCGCGAUAGAUAGCUGAAGCCCAGGCUUGAGCAGCGGAGUUUUUGUAACCGCCGUCGCCAGUUGAGCACCGCACAGGGGUGAUGGAGGAUUCCAUGGAAGUGGACGAGCUUCGGGAGGUCGAGGCUCCGCCAAAUGAGGGGGACGGUGAGGGCGCAUCAAUGUCUGGGGGGGAUGAGAGAAAUGGGGGGGACGGUGCAAGCGCAUCAAAGUUAGGGGGGGAUGAAGAAAACCAAGUUGUGAAGCAACCAGAUGCUCCCGACCCUGCGCCAGACAGCAGUCCACUGUUGGAGGACGAGCCGCUACCGUCGAAAUUCUCGGAGGCGCCUCCGAACGGGCCUGUCUACCGUAGGAAACUGAAAAAGUUGGCGGCUGUUGGGGCUGAGAAGGCCGGUCCAUCGGAUGCCGGUACAGGACUGGCUGAGGAGGCGGGCAAGAGCGAAGACGCUGCCCGCAAAGUCUCGGAGAAGAGCGAGUCGGGGAAGAAACGGAAGCCCGGGUUUCAGAAGAAGGACAAGGGGCAGGAGGAGGAGGCGCUGGUGCGAAAGGAAGGGGAGUAUGAGAUUGGGGACCUGGUGUGGACAAGGCUGAAAGGGCAUCCCUGGUGGCCGAGCCAGGUGUUUGAUCCGGAGAAGGCGAGCAAGAAGGCGCGCAAGCUGCAGAAGCCGGGCCACCUACUGAUCGCCUUUUUUGGGGAUGAGACGUUUGCGUGGCACAAGCCAGACGACCUGGUGCCCUUUGAGGCCAACUUGGAUAUGAAGGCCAAGCAGAGCGGGGGAGGGCGGUUAUUCCAGGAUGCCAUCGAGGCUGCGCAGGAGGAGCUCGAGAGACAGAAGGCGGCUGCUCGCGGGAUUGUCAUUGAAGAUCCUGAGGAGCGAGAGGAGCGGCUGCGCAAGGAGAGGGCGGAAGCGGAAAAGUCUGCAAUUGCCGCUUACGACCCGGACCGCAUCUUGCACUAUGUCCGAGCGCUCGCGGUCCAGCCUCUCAAAUGUCCACCGGACGAGGCAUCCCGCAUCCAGGCGCUGGCGUACCGCAGCGUGAUUCACCACGAGGAGAAAGAGCACCCCGCCAAGGCCGGAUUGCUGCCGGGCUGGCGACCGAUUCCAAAAGAAGCACCCAAAAGAAAGCCGAAACCAAAGUCCGCAAACGUAGAGUCGAGCGACGACGAUGUGCCGAUUCUCGCGUCGCCCAAAACCCCCAAACCUCCGAAGACGCCCAAAACUCCGAAAGUUUCGAGUGCGCCCGCGAGCAAAGGGGAUGGGAGCGAGCCGGAAAAGAAGAGACGUGGGUGGCCGAAGGGAAAGCCACGUGGCAAAAAGACGCCCAAAGAAGGGGACUCGGUGACGCCCAGUGAUGGUUCGGAGAAGAAGCGGCGGAGAAAGCGGGCAAAAGAAACGGAGGGGGUUAGCCCGAGCGCCAAGUUCGAUACGUUGGUCGCGGCGAUAGACGACAUCGAAGGAAGGGACAAAAACGAUGCGGGUGGAGCGGGGGAGGAGAACGGUUCGGGCAAUCAAGGGCGGCCGGAAAGAGGGCGAGACGCAAGCGGCGAAGCUCAGGGUCAGCCGAAAGAGGGGGGUAAGGGGGAGGGAAACGGGUUAGCGUCUCCUGGAACAGAGGCGCGCAGGAUAAGGAAAGAGGUCAAGAUUGUUGCGCCGAAGGUUAAGCGGGCGACAAGAGACGAGGCGGGCGAAGAGCUGGGGGCUUUGCUGGACAGGCUGCGGACAAUUGCGCAGGAGCCAAUCGAAAACGACCCUGCCAGCGAGGAAUUCCGUGCGACUUCGGCCAAAUACGUCGACUAUCGGCAGUACCAGAUCGCCCGCGCCAAGGCACGAUACCAGCGCUCGUUCAACUACGCCGCCGGGAUCUCGCCGCGGGCUCCACUUCCGGCAGCCGAAAAGCGCAAGGCGCCCCAAAAUGCUGUCCGCAUUUCUAUCGAGGGGGGGGCUCCCAAGCGGUGGAAGGAGGCCCCCGUUACGAAGAGAGAGGAGACGGGGGAGAAGCCAAAAGUGAAACGGGUCAGGAAGAAGAAGGAAAAGGUGGAAGAACCCGAAAAGAAAGAGAGAGGAGAGGGGGAGAAGAAGGGCGGCGAGGGGGAAGAAGAGGAAUCGACCGACGAGGACGUGCCAUUGCAGAAGCGGAUGAAGAUACAUGCGGACUCUGCUCUUCCCCCCCGCAAGCAAGUCGGUACGUCCACCCCGGCUGAGCGCAUCGCCGAGUUCCGCCGCCGCAUGCUGGGCGUCAAGGGGGGCCCGACGUCACCAAAGGCGUCCGACAAGGGAGUGACGUCACCCAAGGGGGGCCUAACGUCACCAAAAGCUUCCGAGGGGGGUGGGAAGGCGGCAGCAGGGGAGCCCCCCGCUAAGCCGUUUGAGCCGCUCGCACUGUUCAUGCGCUUCCCGGAGCGGUUUGCGGUGCCGUCGGAGGCGCAGCUCAAGGCGAGCUUCGUGCGGUUUGGGGAGCUUGCGACGUACCGGGGGGCGACGCGCGUGCUGCCGCACAAGUCUGCAGCUCAGGUGGUAUUCAAGCGCAGCGAGGACGCGGACGCUGCGUUCAAGUACUGCCGCGCGAACACGAUGUUCGGCAACCCGCGCGUGCGCUACGAGCUGCGCGAGGUGGUGUUCCAGGAGGUGGGCGCCAAGAAGGGGCGGCCCAACGGGAACGCACCGCGCAGCCCGCACGCCAUGACCUAUGACGAACUGCUCAAAGAGCCCGCCAAGCCCGGUCCAGCCGCUUCCUCUUACCGGCCGAUCCAGUCGCGCCCCCCGCCUCUUCAGGGGCCGGUUGCUGCCUUGGGUCCGCCGGGGGGCGGCAAAGCGCCCGCCAAAUCGAUCCUGAAAGACCCCCGGCGGCCCCCCCCGGUCCGCCAGUCUCUCCUGCUGUCGUCAGCGAUGGAGACUCUGCUGAACCCCCCCCCCGUGAAGCCGGUUCCUCCCCCCACAGCACCCCCGCUCCCUUAUGUACCUUCCAGAUCCUCAUCUACAAACUUCCCGAUGCCCCCCUCGACGCCUUAUACGAGCCAGCCGUCCGCUUAUCCCCCUCAGCAAGCCCCAUACCCGGGACAUUCAGCUCCAUACGCGAGCGGCCAGUCGGCCCCUUACCCACCCCAGCCUACGAGCGCAGCACCGAGCUUCGGACCUCGCCCGCCCGCUUAUGGCCCGAACCAGUCCCUGCCGCCCGCUUAUGCGGCUCGUCCACCGCCUGGAAGGCCCCCUUUCAACCACCCUCCGGCAGCUUAUGAUCCCGCCCGGCCAGGAUAUGCUAGUCAGUUCAACCACCCCCCCGCUCCACCACCCCCGCUGCCCCCUUAUCCACGUGGCCAGCAACCUGCGCCGCCCGCUUAUACUCAGCAGUCGGCCAGGCCGCAGGCGGCUUAUACGGCAAUAUUCAGCCCCCCGCCGCCGCGGCCAAACGGGGCCGCCCCUUUUGCGAGCCACACGCUCCCCCCCCCACCUCCACCCAUGCCGGCGCCCCCCCAGCAGAUCGCAUCUGAGGUGCAAAAGUUUGCUGAUUUGCUGCAGGUUCUCAGCGGGCAGGGCGUUAACCCAAACCCAGUUCAAAACCCCAACCCAGUCCAGAAUCCUAGCCCGGUCCAGAACUCUAACCCGGUACACAACCCACAAACCCUGCCGCCGCCUCCAGCACCGAUGCCGGAGCAGGGUCCUUCGACACAAGCCAGUGUCGAGAAGUCGCAAGCGGGGGGGGCUCCCAUUCCGCCCGGUCACGGAGGCCCGGGGCCUGCUUAUAGGGUGCCGGAUGCAAAGGAAAUGCACCAGGAACGGAUCGGGGAAUUGAUGGGAGAGGCUGCGGGUCCGGAAGACGAAAGCUUCCGUGACAUGCUAGAGCAACUGCUGAACCAAGCCGCGGAGCUGCAAGCAAACAACGUGUGAUUUUCACGGAUGAGUAGAGAGAUUGAGGACCGAUAGUGGAGGGUCGGACUUUUUCGAGCUUGAUGUACAGAUCUGUGAUGCAGUGGGUCAUGAAGAACGAGCCGAACAGCUGUUCUGUCGAACAGAGGAACCCGGUAAUCUUUGUAAAGUACGAUGGUAGUGCACGGUUGUUGAGCAAAAAUGAUGGUAUAAUGGCCGAAGACCAUUGCAGUGCUAGGAGGUCGUUGGUCAGCAUGCCACAUGCUUGAUUUCGAGGUGGAGCCUCUCGUAAGGAUCUGUUCAACUGCGACCGCCCCAGCCCGCUUGGCAUGGCCCAGGCUACAGGCGUGGCAAGCGUACACUCGAUGGUUGUCUUA